GUUUAUGUCAACGCCUUUUAUUAGAUAGCCAUCAGUCUUUGACCUGCUGUACAUUAAAAGCUUUGCAAGUUGCAGAGUCACAAAUUACCUGUGCAGCUGGACACCCAUUUGGUGGCAACUCUCUCCGAACAGAAAAUGGACUCCUCUUCAGCAUCUGGAGCUCAUCACCCCUACUGGCCACGGGACCUUUCAAUUCCCACCUAUGUGGCCAAUAAUCGAUCAAUGUCAGAGAUUCUGGUAUUUCUGUUUUCUGUGUCUGGACUGUUUAUGCUGGUGACCUGGCUGAUCACCGGACAGGCCACCAGCAGGCUGAGGACAUGGAGGCGUCUGGCUGUGUGCUGGUUUGCUGUUUGUGGCUUCAUCCACAGUGUCAUCGAGGGCUGGUUUUCGCUCUAUUAUGAUAUAAUUCCAGGAGAUCAGAGCUUCCUGUCACAACUGUGGAAAGAGUACUCCAAGGGAGACAGUCGAUAUGUGAUUGCCGAUAACUUCACUGUUUGUAUGGAGACUGUGACUGCUUGCUUGUGGGGGCCAUUCAGCUUUUGGGCCGUGUAUGCCUUUUUAUGUAAUAAGCCCUACAGGUUUCUCCUGCAGCUCAUCAUUUCAUUAGGUCAGAUGUAUGGAGCGGUACUCUACUUCUUCACAGAGCACAGAGACGGCUACGCCCACAGCGAGCUGGGACAUCCAAUUUACUUCUGGUUCUACUUUGUGUUUAUGAAUACGCUGUGGAUCGUCAUACCGCUGGUGCUCAUUGUGGAUUCAUGGAGACAGCUGGCAGCAGCCCAGAGUCGCACAGACAACACAAGGUCACACAAGAGUAAGAAGAAGUGAGGGGAAAAACCAAAACAGACUGGGGCUGCCUGCAGAGGAUGUAAGACAGCUGGAGAGAGGAAGAAAUACAUCAUUAAAUGGUGCAACACUGUAUCUGUUGCAAUGAGUCUUAAAAUUAUGAAUGUCUUUUUUUUUUCACUUUAUGUUUUUUCUCAUGCUUCGGAGGAGCGGAGCAAAAUAAACUGUAUGUGACCACAAUGAUUUUUAGUCUUUAU